GCGCCGUGGCUCGAGCCCAUUCAGUGGUCCCGUUCGUUAACGAAGACGGGCCCAGAGGUGACGAGAAGAGGAGCGGCGUCAUGCUGCCACUUCUGGUCCUUCUGGCCACUUUGGUGACGCAGUUGGUCCCUGUGACGGGGGCCAGCCACCGACACCAAGCAAGGUUCCUGGCCAGGCACUGAGGUGAUUGACUCGGACGCUGUCCCUGUAGCCAGUGAGCAGAGGAAUGAGUCAGUGGCUGCAAUCACGGAUGUGUCCAUUCUGAGGGUCGAUGAGCAGUCUCCACAGGAGCAAGACGAGGUCAAGAUCGAGGUGGUGCGAAUGCAGACGAAGAUGGUGAUGCCUGGUGGUUCGAUGCCGACCCUCACGAGUCAACACGGCAAGGAGGCGGAGAAGACCGCCAUGAAGAUCUUUACUGACAUGUUUGAGGCCUGGGGUGGCAAAGUGCCCGAUGUGGGUUCCGUGAAGGCUUUGGGGAAGGAAGAUCGGGGACGCCUGGUGCCCUUUGGACGGCAGGAACCCAAGAUGUGCGUCAGUGUCGAGGUCCUGGUGCCCGAGUUCACCGCGAAGGAUUCCGUCACCAAGAUCAUCGAAGGUCGGAUUUACAAGGUCGUCGAGGUCAUUGGCACGUCGACGGAGAAGGCCAGUGCAACGGUGGCGGCCACUGCCAGCGCCAAACAGCAUGCUGCUGUGCAGGCGGACGCCAGUGGGACGGCCAGCUUCAAUACAACGGCCACGGCAGAGGCCAACUACACGGCCUUUGCUGAGGCCACGGACCAGGUCACCGCCAGCUACCAGGCCACGGCCACCGCGGCGGCGGGAUCUCCCGUGAAAGAGAAUGAUGACAUCAUCACCAAGGCGAAGAUCAAGAUUGAAGCCCAUGCCAUCAGUGUCCAAAAGGCCACAGCCAGCGCCACCCGCCGCGCCAGCGCGACCAGGUCUGCCAAGGCCAUCGCCAGCGAAGGUGUGACGGUGAAGCUCUCGCAGACCGGAUCCGGCCAAAGUGAUGCGGAGGCCAACCGCACAGCCAGCGCCACUGCGGAAGACUCUAAGACGGUGACGAAGAAGAUGAAUGUGGGCUCUGAAGGCCUGGGCAAGCUCAAGAAGCUCUUCGAGGCCUCGGCCACAGCGCAGUCAUUGGUCGAGUCCAAGGCAUGCAUCUCCGCCCGCAAGGCCCGAAGCUUGUUGGGCCCAGAGGCUCUCCAGCAGACUGGAGUUCCCUUUGCGAUGGCCGUCUACAACCAGGCGCACAGUGAAGCCUUUGCAAAGGCGAAGGAGAAGGCCGCUGGUUUGGCCCUCGAUGCAGCCAAGCAGGCUGCAAAGAAGCAAGUCCAAGAAGACUUGAUGAACGAGAUUCAGUCCUACGCCAAGGAGCACUCCGUGGAGCUCAAGAACUUGGCCUUGGAUGAUGCAGUGAAGAGCACCCUGGGCCAAAAGCAUCAGCUGGAGGCGGCGGCGUCCGCUGAAGCCUUCCAGAUGGCCACAGCUGAGGUGCAUCGCCAAGCACCUGAAAAGGCCCUGCGAGCCGCCCAAUUGGAGGCGAUGAAAGCUGCCAAAGAUGAGGCGACGCGUCGGGCUACGGAGGAGGCGAAAGCUAAUGCCGCCAAAGGCCUUGAGGAGAAGGUCAUGGCAAAGGCCAUGGCGGAAGCAAAGGCGAAGGCCAAGUUGAGUGCCGAACUGAAGGCCAAAGCGACGGCCAAAGCGUUGGCUGAGGAGGCUGCCAAGGCCUCCGCCUUGGUGCUGGCCCACCAAGCAGCACAGCAAAUGGCCGAAGAAGAAGCGGAAGCCAAAGCCAAAGCCUUGGCAGAAGCCCAGGCGGUUGGCAAGGCAAAGAACAUGGUCAGGGCUGGAUCAGAGACGGAGACCGUGAUGAAGCACCUCGCUCGCUAAAACCAUGCGUUUGCCGUCUGCGUCGCGGCCGGGCGCCGAACAAAAGCGGGUGCUGCAAAAGAAGCGGC